AUGCGUCGUUCGUUAAAGUACAUCGCUUUUGCGAGUGCUAGCGUGUUUUCAUGUACCCUAUUAAUGUACAAGACUCGUGGCGACAAUAAAUUGGGAACGUUAUACGCUGCGGCUGAUGGGAGGAGCGCCGAAGUCCUGAGGUAUGUAUGCCAUUUACGAUUUAGAAUUUCUCUGUUGUGGCGUUAAGUUUCUGUUACAAUAUUGUAUUACGGUACGCUUUUACGUAGUGUCUAGUGUUAUUAAUGAAUGGUAUUAGUGGUAUUACAGACUGUUACAUACGUAUUACAUGAUGUUGUGUAGUGUUACAUAUUUGUUACAUAAGGAGCGUUUCUUUUGUAAAUCUAGAUUUGGAUUUUUAGGAUUCGGAUUUUUUGGAUUCGUUAAACAAAUGGAACGAAUUGUGAGAAUCGGAAUUCGCCUGCUGUUUUCCCGCCAUUUUUUCUGUCCCACUAUACCUUUCGGUUGGGUCAAGGUACAUGCUAGAAGGCCAGAAACUCAAAAGGAACGUUGAAUCCUAAUCAAGAUUCAGAUUGAAUCCGAAAAAUCCAUAUGUUGAGGUGGAUUCAUCAGAUUCCAAUCUAUUUUAAGAUUUUGUUAAAUGAAACUGAAAAUCGAUAAUCGGAUUCGAAGAUCCAAAUCCAGAUUGUACUAAAGGAACGCACCCUAUGCAGAGUUCAAAUUUAUAACAGAAUGGAAUGUGCAAUUUGCACAUUGAUUUGGUGGAAAUUGCAAAUCACUUUUCCCGACAGAGUACAAACUAUGAAUGCAACAAAUUAAGGUCUAAUUUUGCAUUGUAUUUUGUAAUCCAACUUUGGUACGUUUUCAUGCAUUAUAUAUUACAUUUAUCCAUUUGCUUUUUUCAUACCAAUAAAGAUCAGGCCUUUAGCUGUCGAAUGCUACCUUUGUUGUAUCAUUGGGUCAUUCCAGAAAACAUCCAUACCACCCCCACAGAGGAAAUCGGAAGUUAACCCCCUACCCCCUUCGGAUGUCCUAAUACAUUUACUAUUAUCAGAAACAAUUUUUUCUCCCCUCCCCCUCCGGACGGCAGAAAUUUCCUCCGUGGGGGGAGUGUGGAUCUUUUCUGGAACGACCCAUUGCAAUCAAAAGUGGCCAAAUAUGAUCCAAUUUAAAAGUGCCAGGCGAAAUAACAUUUUCCACCAUUGGGAAUUGCAUGUAAAGUUAUUGUCCGAAUAUUGAAAUUAUUCUCAUGGAGAAAGCACUGCAACCACUGAUCUAAUAAUAGAUCUGUGACCACAACUUCGACCAGGGGCCCCUAUUUUAUGGGGUGUAAGUGAAAUUUUACAAGGUAAAGUAAUUUCACCAAGGUAUAAACAUAAAUUUUCCACAAAGGCUGUACAAAUUUUUCCUGGACAUUUUUUCCUUCUUUCCUAUACACAUGCUGUUUUAGGUAGAAGUUUGACUUUUCAGAAGUAAUUUACUCAAAUAUUUUAUUUUCAUUCCUUCCCAUCCAAUUCAUGUUUUGAUGACUGGGAUAAGGCAAUAUUGCCACCUACCUUACAAGUGGGGGGUAGUCCGCCUUCCAUACACCUCCCCUAGCAACACCCCCGACUCUCAGGCUGUGGCUCUGACUGACAAAUUACCAAAUGCCAGAACUCAUAUGCACAUCACUAUAGUACACUCUUAACUUACACAUUCAUCUUGUAUUCUAAGGUCAGGACCAGCUUUCGAAAUACAGAAUUGGAAUAAAAAUUGGGAUUUUCGUGAGCCAAACUAUGGGGCAAGGCCUAAGACUCCUGAUAAACACAGCGUCCCAAGCCUAGCUGAACAUUUUGGAGAAGUUGACGAGCAAAAGGCAGGUUUGGGUAAGCCCAGUGCAACCAGGCAUUUGCUGUUCAUACGACACGGGCAGUAUGUGAAGGCUGAAGAAGAUGAGAAGAAAGUUCUGACAUAUUUGGGAAGGUUUGUUUGUUUCUAA